CAAAUCGGCGGCGGCCGUGCGUGUACCUUCAUAGCGAUUGGUUUUUGAUCGCGUGGACGGUACAGAAAUUGCGUUUCGGACGUCCGCCGGUUCAGUGUCGGGUUCAGUCUGUUGGGCGCAUCGUUUCGACACCGCCACACCGGCCACACACCGGCGCAAAAAACGCCGCUCUGUCAUAAUACUCAAUCGGUACAUAUCUGUUUACGAAUCGUUAACAAUAAUCAUAUUACUAUCAUCAUCAUCAUCAUCAUCAUCGUCGUGUGUGUGUUACACCGAUAUUAUUGUCGCUAUAACCGCCGAUUUCGCGCGAUUCAGUCGUUUCGAAUCUGUAAUUACGUCGUAGUUCAACACCUAGUUUACCGUAUACCUGUAUAAUUUUUGGGUUUUUUUUUUCACUUUUUUUUUUUUUCUGAUUAUAUUUUUCUGCCCGCCCACAGGACGACACGACGGUCGCGACGUCCGCCGAAGCACAGGUCGACGACACGACGACAGACCGACGACGACAACAAUGAAGUUCACGCUUUCCGAAUGGAUUAUCCUGGCCGUGGUCGGGUCCGUGCACUUUUGCUGCGCCAUCUGCAUAUCGUUACAGGCGCCGUUUUACCCGGAAAAAGUGAGUACUUCAGCCGGCCGAAUGGCGCCAUAUUUUCUUUCCCUCCCCCCUUCCCCGUUCAAAAGUGGCGAAAAACGUCGCGCACCACAAUCCCCGUGCCCUCGGAAUGAUCGUCAGCCGUAACUCAUAAGGCCGUACUAUAAGACGUUCCGGUUGCGCACGGACGUUUCCGUUAACCCGUCGGACAAAACCCCGCUGGGGGUUGAAUCGGCAAAACGAAUAUGUUUAGUCAACAGCGAUUGCACGCGUCCGUCGUAUUGGGCCGUGAUAUUUUCGCGUUAAAAUACCGGAUAACUAUAGGUAACUAUUGCAAUAGUCGUCGUUAACAAUAUAAACGUCCGUUUGUCGAUAUCGGGCAAUAUGUUUCGAUCAAUACAAAACCGGCCGGGGCCCGGGGCAUUGACACGUGCACUGUCAAUCGCUGUAUAUUUAGGAUCAGUGGCGGCGUUUUAGUAGGACGGGGGCAUACGGGUCGUGUUCCGCUCUAGACAUUUCAGUCUCGUAAAUCUCGUUGUGGCCGUUACGCGUUGCUGUCAAAUCACGAAUUAUGAUUUAAUAAUUUUUUUUUUAGAAAUCUAUAGGCAUAGCACUUGUCGAAAUCCACAACCAUCACCGUUGAAUGCAGAGUCGCGCUAUUUACUGCGGUCACGGUAGUGGCCAUUUUAUGUGCCUCGGCGGGUUAAUAACAGAAUUUCAUUAUGACGGGAAUUCGCAACGAAAGAAUAUUGCUGCCCCUCACCAUCCCCACAGGAUGCGAAGGUUCAAAUCUGUCGCCUUAUAGGAUGAACCCAGGGGGGGUUGGGAGUAAGCCCUCCCUUAAAUUCGUUCCUAUAAUAUAAUAUUAUUACGGUUGUUACAAAAAUAAAAUAGGUUUUUUUUUUAUUUGAUUAUUAUGUUUGAUACAAGUUAAUAAUUCAAUAUUAUGAGAUAAGGUUUGUGGCAGUCGACGAUCGAUUAUUUCGUUGAAAAUUAUUUUUUGAUUUAUACUAGCGAUUACGUCGGAUCGUCACCUGUCGUCUUAGAUCGAUAACUACGAUAACAAUGAUAAUUUUGACCGUCGACUGUGACUUCCGUGAAGUUGGCCCCCCAGUUUGUCCGAUCGGUUCCAAACCGGUGCCAUUAUUUAGCAACUAAUUUUUAACUUUAGGCAACCUUCGUGAACAAAUUUGCAACCUCGUAGUUUCGUCAGAAUCAAUCUUUCAAUUUUGGUUAGGUUCGAUUUAAUCCAUAUUAAAUAACACAAUGCGGAAUAUUUAAUAAUUAAUUUUAAUUAAUUAUUUAAAAUAUUGUGCAAGUAGUACACUUUAAGUCACUAUUUUAUGUAAAAUACUAAAUGUGGAUUUACAUUGAUAUUAUCCUGUUUUGACUUCGUAAUUUUUUUUUUAAAUUAUUAUAUGUUUCCCAAGUUCCAUGUAUUUGUUUUAUUAUAGCUAUAUAAUGGUCAAAGUCGUAGGCAACUAAACGAUAAAACACAAAUCUGGAAAUAAAAAUUUGAAAGAAAAAUUGAUAUUGAAAUAAUUAUCUAAAAUAAAAAUUGUUAAAAAGAUAUUAUAAAAUAAUAAUAAAUAGUUAAAUGUAAUAUAUUAUGUAUAUAAUAUAGAUCACAAAUAAAUAAAAAGUUCAUCAAUAGAAAAAAAAAAACAAAGCCUUGAGUGUUUUACACUUUGGCGUUUAUUUCGCCUUGGCCAUUAUAUUGAUGAUGAAUUUUUAAAUUGAAACCUGUGUGUAAAUAAACACACAACCCAUAAUAUACUGCAGACUUUGUUUUUUCUUUUCCUUGAUCGGCAUUUGUUUAAUGUAUUCGUAUUGAAAUUAUAAUAUUAUAUUUAUAUAUAUUUAAAAUAUAGGAUUAUCAACUAAACUUAAGCCAUUUAAUAUUUCGGAAUGUACUACACUCCGUUUCAAAUAAAAACGCACCGGGCGGCAGACGAUAAUCGGUCAAAUUACGUAGCUGUUAUAAAACGUGUACAUUAGGGUGGCCCUUAUUUUUUGAUAUUGGAUUUUUUUCAGUCUUACCCCCUAAAUUGGUUCAAAUAUGUAUAUAAAUGAAGUAUACAAAAUUUCAUAUCGAUAGAUUAAGUUUAACCCGUGCCCCCCAGCCCACAAAGUUCAAAUAUAUGGUUCCGUUCAAGUAACCACAGUUUUUUUUAAUUGAUUGACUGCUAUCUCGUUGUUAUCAUUUCUUACAAAAAUAAAUUUCUGACAUUAUUUAUAGUAAAUUAAAUUGUNAUUUAUUAAUAUAACUGAUUAUGAAACAAUGAAACAUGCAAGCUUUUGAAAAACGUAACAACUAAAUAAUAUUAUUACAAAAUGACAUUUAUAUUUUAAAGUAUACAAAUAAAAAUAAUUAUAAUGGUUCUAUAACUGUGCUUUUUAAACUGUUCGGGUAUUUAUGGCGAUAAUCUUCGACAGCUUGAAGCACGUAUUGUUUUUGAUCUUCAUUUUUUUUAAGACUGUACACUGUACAUGGAUAUUGGAAAUUACUCAAUGACCUCAAAAAUAAAUUUCAAAAUCAAAACACACUGACAAUAAAGUCAACCCACAUUUAUCAGUUUACAUAAAACGGUAGUAACCUAAAAGUAUACAUUUUUUAUUUUAUCGUUUUUUUUUUUUUUAAACGAUUUUUGAUUUUUAACCGGCAUGUCGGUAUUAGUAAUUUACAUAAAAAAGUGAUUUAAAUGGUACUACUUGCACAAUAUUUUAAAUAAUAAAUUAAACUGAAUCAUUAAAUAUUCUGUAUUGUGUUAUAUAAUAUGGAUUAAAUCGAAUUUUAUAAAAUUAAAACACGUAUUUUAAACUAUUGAUGUUAAGACAGACAAAUAGUGUAUUUUUUUUAUUUAAACAUUUAUUAUUUUAGGAGAUUUAUUAUUAUUUUUUUAAUGUUCCCACUUAAUUGGAAGUGGAGGGUAUAUUAAACAUUAGAAAUUAGUUCUAAGACAUACUAUACGAAUAUAUAUAAUUAGUGGGUAGUUCCUCCAAUGAAAACAAUGGAUUCCGUCUAAAGUAUGAGGUUGCAAAUUUUUUGACGAAGGUUACCUAAAGUUGCAAAUUAGUUGCAAGAAAUAAUGGCACCGGUUUGGAAUCGAUCGGAAAAAGUGAGGGGAGGGACAACUAAACGGACAUUCGUCUGUGUAGAAUUAUACUGGUAUCAACAAUACAUAGUGCCUCGUUAGUCGCAGCUCGUUGGAACAAUUUAUUCAAUCCAUUCGGUUUCGCCAUUGUGACUAUCCGAUGCAUUGACAGUUUUUUCCGAAAAAGGACCCAGGAAGAUAAAUUCUUAAAGCCCCUCCCCUCAAACAAAAAUACCGGGUAAAGCGCCCGGAUGAAAAACUAAUGGUCUUCAUCUCGAUGCCAACUAUUCAAUCUGUAUAGACACGUUAAAAAUAUACUCUGUGGCGAUAUGUUAUGCGUAAUUCCAUAUCGAGCGGUUUUAACCUUUCGAUUUAGAAAAAAAAAAAAAAAACCUUAAACCGACAGAUAUCGAUGACCCGCGAUUUUUCGAUACCUAUAUAAUAACCGAUUCUCUGCGAAACGACUGCAUUCAGGUAUUAUUAUAUCGAGCCACAAAAACGCGAAACCGUCGUGGCCGAUUCAAUUGUGUAAAAAAAACAAACUCCCGAGACCUCAGCGUCGGGACAGUAACGUACGUAUUUUUUGUAUUAUUAUCGCACGACUCAUUUGCGUUGUCGAUCAAAAUACUUGAGGAUUCGAUUUACGACUAGUUUUCGCAUCGUUUUUACCGGGGGGAGGGGGGAAUAGAAGCGCUGUAUCUUCUAACACGCCAAAUCCAUCCGAUAACGUGCCACCCGGUUAAAAUAUUAACUAAUUCUUAAUAACCAUGUGAACAUUUUCACGACUUUCGUACGUAAAUUGCAAUGACUAAAUAUGAUUACGUUUAUUUUCGUUAUGAACGUUGCACAAUUUGUGAAAUGCGCGAAUGCAUUUCUAAGUACUUAUAGAAAAUAAUAAUAAUAAAUGUGGUCCUUGACGUUAUUUUACGCGCAGACUACUCGAGUUUUAAUGAAUUUUAAUCGUUUUUAAAAUGGAAUUAUUAAUUAAAAAUAUUAAUUUUUUUCCGGGUCGGAGAUGUUUCCGCAAUACAAUAUUAUUAUUCUCGAUAAGUUUCGUCGAGUACGCGGUAAUUAUUAAAAAAAAAAAAAAUCAAUAUUCGCCAUUGUAUUAAUAAAAAAAUAACGUCGAGGUAAUUUCAUUAUGAUAUUACUGUACUUGUAUUUUAAUCCGUAUUGAUAGUUCUUUAUUAUUAUCAUUGUUUUUUUUUUUUUUUCGGAAUAGAAAUCAAAAACAAAAUCUCAAAUUGUAAUAUUAUCGUUUAGCCAUAAAAAUUAGACGCUUACAUAGAUUUGUUAAAUAAUAUUAUUGUUUUCUCUUUCCAAAAUAUGUAUACCGAUAUGAUAAUAUUAUUAUGACGUCCUGUCGGUGGAAAUCGAACGUGUACGUACUACCACAUAUUUAUACGUCCAGACCGCACAACGUGCAUCAUGAUUUAUCAUUACGUUAUCUAAAUAAUAAUAAUUAGGUAUACAUUAACAGAUUAUAACGAUAUUUCAAUAAUUGCUAUUAUCACGAAAUUUAGCAAGUGACCGCAUGAUAAUAUUACGUUACAUUUAUUAUAAUACGUAAUAUAAGUACGUUCCUACUUAAUAGUCAAUGUUAUGUAAACACAGGGAUAAUAUUGUAAUAUUAUAGCCUCUAAAACCGUAUUUGGACGGUAGAUAAUAAAAUAACUCUAUCCGUGCAUUGUUGUAGCCUAUGGCUCGGACGUGAUCGUGAAUUUAUACGGUUUUCGUUGUAAACAUUUGAAAAUCGAAAAUACACGUCUAUUCAAUUUUGAAGCUGUAGUACGAAACGUGAACAAUGUAUUUUUUUUAUAUAGGUCCAAACACACCUAUUUGUUGAUAUUGGUCAAUUAGAUAAUGGUUUUCUGAAGAUUGAAAAAAAAAAACACAAAUCAAAUUGGCACCUAUACUACUAUAAAAUCCUCCGAGAAAGAAUCACACACCCAGGGGUGUUUUGAAGAUUUUUUUAUCCGGGAUCGGGGAUAUGAAAACGUAUUUGAAAGUGAGCCGUCGGGGCUAGGCUCUUACAUUCCCUUUCUCAUACAAAAACAAGAUGUAUUAAAUUAUAACUUACUAUAUUUUUGAUUGAAAUAUUGAAUCUAUAAAAUGACAUCAAUUUGUCUUGAUUUCUGAGUCAGUACACCAAGAAAUUCUUCGGGAUAAAUUGGGGCUUCUCUAUGAACCCUCUGUAUCAUAGGACGUAUAUCAUUUGCUCGUCACUAUAAUAUUGUUCAUUUCGACCUUUUUUUUUUUUUUUUCUAAACACAUUUACGCCAAAAUAUCGUGCAUCGUUAGCGCAUCAAUCAAUAGAAAGGCCGAAAGAGUUUAUACAAGUAUGAGUACCAAUCCAAAAGCGCAAAUUGUUUGCUGGCUUUCGACCAGAAAUCCAACUGCGAUCGAUAUCAUGUUUAUCGGAAAACGUGUAAUACCAAUGAAUUCGAUUGGGAAAAAAAAUAUUUUCAAAUAUUGCAUGGGUAUUUCUGUUUUAAAAAUACCUAGUACGACGAUAACAGGCGAGUUGUUUAAUAACGAUGGAUCGAUACAUUUCAUUCGAUUGUCAGCCGGAUACUGUCAAAUAAUAUAACGCAAUAUUACUGUCCACGUUGUGUUUACUUCGAAACGAAUAAGAACUUCCGCGACAAUAUUUUGAAGCAAGUAAACAGACGAUGCGCUAUCGAUGAUCAGCCGUUGAUGCGCGAAUGACGUAGGUACGACAUUUUGGCGUAAGUAAACGGACGACGCGCAAACGAUACGACCGCCGAUAUCAUGAUACAUUUUAUUUUUUGUAAAGUAAUAUUUUUAUUUCGUAUUUUAUCGUCGAUAUUAUUAUAAAAACGUCCACCUUACGAUACCAUACUAUCACGAGUUCACGAAACAUCAAAUAAUAAAUACCACCCAAAAUAAACUUAUUGAAAGGCUCAGUGCAAUAACAUUGCGAAUGCACGAAAAAAACAUCUAUCUGUGACACUUGUUUUUUUUUUUUUUUUUUUUUAGCCAGAAUUUAGUUGAGUCAAGUACUUAUCACUAUUUUCUUCGUAUUUAGUUGACGGACUUGCAUUAUUGUUGCACUAAAUUAUGUAUAGUUAAAUAAAUAUUUAAUUUAAUUUUGUUUUUACUUUAUUAUUUUAUUAUUCUAAAUUAUGUGUCAUUUAUUGCUAUACUCGUAACUAUCAAAACAUAAUUUUGAACUUCCUUUAUUUAAUGACGUAUAACGUACCUAACUAAUGUUUCACAAAUGUUAACCAAUGCAUAUUUAUUGUAUGUGUAAACGAAAUCAUUCGAAUAUUGCUUCAUCUUGGGUCUUUAACCGUCACCGGUCGUUCAGCCCAUGCCAGAACAUAAUCGAAAAACACCCCGAAUUCGUAGAAGAAUAUCAUGUCUGUGAAGACGAAAAAAUAUUUUUACUGUUUCCACGGGUUUUUGCUUUUCCGUUUCACGGAAGAAGAACCUAUCGAACAACCGGUUUUUUGUAUUCCCGUGACCUACCGUAAUAUAACAAAUCUUGUAGUAUGCAGUAUAUUAUAAUGUGUAUACGUACGUGCACUCGAAAAUCCAUUCGAAAAAUCAAUUACUUAUCCUUAUCGCCUUAUAUAAAAAUAUUCUUUUCGAAACGGUAUUUGAAAAAGAAAAAAAAUCAAUUACUGUCGUUGAACGAUCAUAUCUCGUUAUAUGGGCUUACCGUUGCGAUAUUAGCAAAAAAAAAAAAAAAACACUUGUGUAAAAUAAUAUUAUGGUAUAUUAUAAUAUUCUAAUCACAGUAAUAUACCUUGUAUUAUUAUUGUGUAAUAUCGUAAUAUUAAAGGAUCGAGCACACUGGAUCAGAUCAGCUCGGUUCAUUCGCAUUCCGAAUGUGAGGUUCAUGAAGUUGAAGUUGAAAAGCACUAAUUCCCUUUAUACCAUCAAAUUUUAGUACUUAGUGCUUUCACCAUUGAUGAUACUAUAAUAUUAUUUAUAUGAUACCAUCAAUGUUGUCAGAUUGUCAAAUGACUGCAGAGUUCUAAUAAUACUAUGAAUAAGUUGAAAAUUGGCUAUAGCAAUAACUCGGGUUUGGAAAGAGUACAUAUUUUUAUUUUUUUAUUUUCUGAAAGCACUAAUUGAGCACUAAAAUGUGAUGGUAUAACGGAAAUUAGUGCUUUUCAAGUUCCCGCUAACUUCACGAACUUCUGAAUGCAACGGAUCGGUUGAGAUUUUGACCUUGACCGCACAUUAAAUCAGCCUUUUUCGUUUUUGUUUUUUUUCGUUUUGGUAUAGUCGAGGCACAACGAACCAGGCACGUUCCUAAGAAUAAUGAUCUCCCCACUUUCGUGCUCCGCAUGAUGUUCCGAAUCUCUGUCACAAAAUAUCUAGUACCUAUAACGAUUCUUAAGUAUUGAUUUUGGUAAAACAAAUUGAAUGGGUUGGGUCUUUCCUAUCCGCUUUGGGAUUAAUCUGAAGAUGUCCCUGAACUGAACUGAUAUUGACGGGAGGUUAGAAAACUAAACUGAACAGAUUCAACGGGCGUUUGAUAACAUGCAUAUAAUAUAUGUACACGUGGCGUAGCCAGAAUUACUCAAUGGGAGGGAGGAGGGGGCAAAAACAAACCUAAAAUUGUAUGUUGACGUUAUUUUCCUUGAUUACAUUUAAAAAAUAUACUGCUCAAGUAAUUAAUCAACGAAUUAUGAAAAUAAACUUUACACACCACCGUAAAGUAACAUUAUAUUAUGCAGUACAUAAACAUGAUUAUGUACACGAUAAAAAUAUUAAAAAUAAGUGGUUUCCCAGGUUACGCUACUCCGCUAAACAAUUUAACUGGACGUGACUGAACUGAACGGAUUCAGUGUGUUCGCUCCUUAAUACUUAUAUUUUUUUCUAUCAACGAAUCUCUGUUUUGUUUACUACCGUUAUGGCAAUAAAAUAUUCAAUGUUUUUAUUUCGCUCCUAUGCAAAAUAUUAUUACGUAAACAAUCUGUAUUAAUAAAUUCCCGGUACUUAUAACUAUAGAAUGGUAUUGCGAUUGUUCAAUACUUGUAAUACGAGUACACAAAAACUCGGCGAUCGCACGAUGAGCGUCGUCGAAUUGAAACAAUGUCUAGUGAUUUUUUUUAUAAAAGAUUUAUGAUGUUAGAACGUUAUAUUAUUUUUCAUUAUUAUUAUUAUUUUUUAAAAGACCACCUUCUGGCCAACUCUGGUGAAUUUAUGGAUGAGCGGAUCACUCAUUCAGUCCAUCUCUUUGCCCCCUCGCCCCUGAUUUUUAAUAUUAUUGCGAUAACAUUUCAAUAUUGUAUUGUUUGUUUAUAAUAUAGGCUAAGGAGAAAGGAUGCACUGCUACGCAAUACGGGUUCGUGUUCGGCAGUUUCGAACUGGUGGCGUUCAUCACGUCGCCGAUUUUUGGAAGUCUAGUAAGUCAAACAUAUUUUUUACGUAUAAUUAUUAUAGCGUACAUAUUAACGUACAUACCAUUUAACAAAAUCUUACGAUUCAACACCGGAAGAUUUACAAUCAAAAAACCAUCCGGGUUGUUCUGGUCAAAUUUUUUGUCAGUUUACGGUACAAAAGCGUUUAUCAUUGACUUCAAAAAUAUGUUAAAAUAUUUCAAAAUCAUUUUGAUGAGUAUAUAGUGUUUGAAUGUGAAAUUUCACGAUAAUACAACAGAUAUUCCUUAUAAGAACCCGGGAUCGUUUGAUAUUCAACAAUUCAAACGGAAGUUAGUUUGAAUAUUUUCGAGUCGAUUAGUUGUCAUUUUCCACAGAAUUUUUAUUAAAAUUACCCCUUAAACCGAUUGCAUGGUUUGAACAAUGGUUAGUGUGAUAUUUUCUUAUAAGUUUAAUACAACUAAUAAUGUUUUCAUAUAUAUAAAAUCUAGGCUGUUUUUAAAAUAUUGCGUUCAAUUUUACACGAUACGAAAAAAAAUGAUGAAAUUUGAAAGAUUGAAACGAUGAUGGUCAUUACUAUAAUGACCUUUACGUGUAUAGGUCGCCCAUUGAUCGCUAAUGCCAUCAGAACAUGAGAUAACAAUUAUUAUUCAAAUUUAGAUUAACGAUUAUUAUUGCUACUUCGAAAAAAAAAAUUAUAAUUAUUACAACAUUAUAUGUAUUAUAAAUCACAACACUGUGAUCGUAUAUGCACGUGGCCUCCCACAAUUUUAUUCUAUUUGGCUAUUUUACUAAAAAUUCACACGUAGUUGUCGUUUAAAAAAAAAAAAAAUAAACACGAUUGUUUUUUUUUUUUUUUACAUUCGAGUAAGUUAUUUAUUUAAGAAAUACAAUUUGGAUAUCAUAUUCGAAAAACCGCGUCGAAGAUUUCUUUAUAUAGUAUAUUACUAUAUGCGAAUUUCAAAUUAUAUAGAUACAGUUGUAUCUGGUAGUAUCUUUUCAGUUUAUUUUAUAUGUAAAUCUUGUAUCGUAUAUUAAAAUAUUUUAUGAUAAUUUUCGAAGCAUUACCACUAUUAUAUUUUUUUUUUCUGAAGUUGUGUUAUUGUAGUGUUUAUUAAAAUUUUGUAUUACGGUUAUUUAUUGUUUGUCAAAGAAUAUUUAUAUAUACAAACUGUGAGGGGACACUUAAAUCGAAUUUCUUUAGUGACGAAGCUUCCCUGUUAACGGGUGUUUUUUUCUUUGUAAUCCGUAGAUACCGCAAAAUGUUAAAUACAAUCGAUGUUAUCGAAUAUUGCGAAUUUCCUUUUUAGAUAUUUACUGUAAUAUAAAACGAUAAUAUAAUAGUUUUACUACUAAGAUUUGGUUUUUCUCCUUAUGGAAUACACUAUUUCGAUUGGUAAAAAUACAACGACUUUUACUUACGGUAUCUUAAACGAUGCUAAUUUUUCACUCGUUAUCUAUAUUCAAUUAGAUAUCUAAUAGUUUUUUUAAAAAUAUUAAAAAAAUCAAAUCAUUAACAAAUGACGAUAAGACGAUUUUAUUAUUAUUUUUAUUUUGAUUUCUAUCAACUAUAAACCGUGGGCUCCGCGGUAUAAAUGUAAAUUUAAUUGCAUAUCCUAUAUCUUCUUAAGAACUCAUGUACAAUCUAUUAUGUGAAGUAUGUUCGUCUUUUCUUUUUUUUUUAAAUGGACUACGAGUAUUUUCAAAAUUAUAUAAACAAAUCAUAUUUUUGACUACGUAACUGUUUUCCUAUCUACUUGCUAUCAAAUUCGUAAUUAUAAUCAAUUGUAUAAUAACAUAAUGUACAAGGUCAAAGUUUGACGAAUGUUACUUAUAUACAUUUUAAAUUUGUUUUGUUGCUUUGUAUACAUACAUAGGUAGUUUUUUAAUGUGUUUCCAUAUAGAACGACCGAUAAUUUUGUUAUUUCGUUGUAGAAUACGAAAAAAAAAAACCAUUAUUAUGACAUAUUGACAUCAAAAAUGUUAAUAGUCUAUAAGCAAACGUAACUAUAAACACACGUUUUAAAUAAAGAUUUUAAGGAUAAAUUAGGUGUCUAAUAAUAAUAUUUUUAUGCGUUAUCAGUGACGAUAAAACCGCAAAACCAUUUAAAAACUCAUAAUUUUUUCUCUUUAUUUGAGAACGAAAACUAUGUUUUUUUAUCCGAAUGUUUAAAAAAAAUACAAUUUUGCAGAGUUGGAAUUUUAUUAAUAUAUAGUUACUAUCAGUAUUUCAGUAGCUAUAACAUUACUAUCGCAUAAAACUAUAAUUUAUAUUACUAACAUAUUAUAGUAUGUGUUUCAUACACGUGAUUUUGAUAUUUGUAUUUCUUUCUUAAUAACGGUGCGCAAUAGAUAUUUAAUAAAGAAUCUUGAAUAUAUUUUAUCGCAAAAACAGUGUAUUCCAUUCCCAGUGUAUCCAUCCAUCCAUAAAUGUUAUUUUUAAACUCCCUUAAAUUAUUAGUUUUACUAUUACAGGUUGUUAGUCAGAGGCAGCUCCAAAGACUUAGUUAAAUGGGGGGUGGGGGUUAAGUCAUAAUUCCCAGGAAAUAUUAUACCCAAAAAAAAUACAAAUUUGGAAAACACAAUUUCAAACCGUUGAUUUUUAGUUUUGGCAAAAAUAUUAAUAAUAUUUAGCCAUUGGCCAUGCACUACAAACUUGUACGUGGCCAAAAUUACUAUUAGUAUAAUUCUUUUUUCUAUAGUUUUUAGAAUUAUUUUAAUUAUGUUAUUAGUUAGUACGCAUUGCAGAUAUUUUGAUUGCUGAUGCCGUAUUUGAAUUCUGCAUACCUUACAGUAGCUCAGCCAUGAUCAAAGUUAAUAAUUUUCCACUUUAAACAACACUUUUAAAGUCCAACAGUUUUUCAGUUGAGCGCACUACAAAGUGACUCCUUUAUUUAAAGUCAUAGUAUAGAUAAAGUUUCAAUAACUGUUUCGUUUACUUCUCGGAAUUCGAUGGCUCCAACGUAACGGUCCUCUAACAAAACGCAUUCAACAUAUUAUUAUUCAAUUGUAUUUAAAAAUAAUUUAUUGGGGGGUUUUGGCCAAUUAUUUGGAUUUUAUACGAUUGUAUAGUGUUGCUAUUAGGUUAGGUGUUAAAGUGUUUUUUUAGAUUCUGAUUAUAGCGAAGACUGUAUUGCUUUCCUAUGAUGCGUGAGAUUUUUUUUCUGUCUCUAAACAAUUUUUAUAGUAGAAAUAUUACUCUGAUCAUCAACUUCAUGGGCGAUUUCUGAUAUCAAAUUUGAUCUAGUUGUUGUAUCGAGGAGCUCUUUUAUUUAUAUUCCUUAUUGUUUUCUCUAACUACUAAGAAAAAUAUCAGAAAACGAGAAAAUGUAUGUAAUAACAGCGUGUCAGUUGUUUUGGAUAUGGUUUGAAAAAUCAUAGAGAUCUAAAUAUUUUCACUAAAUACUUUAUAUUAAGCCCUUUUUAUACGUAGUCAAAUGUUUAAUUUAUGGCGAUUUUUAAAAUACUAGCGGACAUUUCAAUUUUCUAGUUUGUUCCGUUUUUAUUUGGCUUUAUGUGAAUAGCAUUUUUUUGGCUUCUCAAAAAAGUUUGAAAAUUUGGUUCAUGGUUUAUCAUAAGCAGUUCUUUUGGCACUAUAUAAAAACAUCGACAAUCUAUAGUCGCGAUAUUUUUUGUAAAAGCGUUUAAAGUUUUAACUUUAAUAAAAUCCGUAUUAAACCACAGAAAUUCGCGUACUAUUUCCCAAUCUAUGCUAUUAUAAUUUAUUCGGUUCAGAAAAAAUAUUCGAAAAUGUGAUACAAAUUUCAUCAUAAGUUGAACUUAGUUCUAAAAAUAAUUUUGUCUGAUAUAUUUUUAAAAUCAAGAUGCAUUCGUUUUGUAACUACAGAUCGGAAAAACUAUUAAUGAUAAUGAAAUGUGUGUGUGAGUUUAAAAACUGAAAGAUGAUACCUAUAUAAUGUUAUAUUUUGUACCUGUAACAACUUGUUCUGACGAAAAAUAAUAAAAUAUAACUAUGAAAUGAGUUAUAAUAAUAUACUGUGAUGGGUUCAGUUCUUCCUCCGUACGCCUGAUAAGAAAAACAAAAUCAUAGAUCAUAACGUCAAAUAUUCCAAUAAUGCUUCGGUUUUAGCGAACUCAUGUCGGAACAUAACCGUGCACCCCGGUUCUUUUUCUCAGAGAUAGAUUUUUGUUUUACUGUUUUCACUAGGGAAGAACUGCCCGAGGGUAUAUUAUAUAUAUGGACUGUUCAAUAGCAUUAUAAUAUUAAUACAGCAUGAUACCAAUGGUCAGAGUUUUUGAACAUUCUGUAGGACAAAAAAAAAGGGAAGAAUAAAAUAUUGUUUUUCAAAAUUGAAAAAAAUUGAUAACUCUCUCUCUCCUCUUCAAUGAGAAAAUCCUGGCUACGGGCUUGUUGAAGGCCGGCUUAUUUAUAAUAUUAUUAUUAUGUGUGUACUAAUAACAGAUGGUAUAUUAUUAUUAUUUCAGAUUCAAAAAGUCGGAUUAAAAUAUUUGCUGGUGCUGGGCAUCGUAAUGAACGCUUUAUCUACAAUAGCAUUUGGGUAUGAUGUGUGUAUGAAACAUAAAUAUGUAUAAAAAAAACUUUUUUUUUUUUAUUCUGUACAGAUAUUUGACGUACGUCGAUGACAAGUGGGUAUUUUUAUCGUUAUCGUUAUUCUUGAGGAUAUUGGAAUCCUUGGGCGCUACCGGAGCAAUGGUUGCAGCCUUUUCACUGACGGCCGUCUCGUUUCCCGAAUCGGUGGCCAGCACUUUCGUACGUUAUAUUCACUCGACCGUGAUCAUUUUAUGUUUUUAUCCGAACAUUUUUCGAAUAUAACGUAUAAAACGGAAUGUUGCCGGAUUUGGUCACCCGCCGUGUACCUAGGUACUUCGCCGGACUCGGGAGGGGGGCGGGUGAAAACGAUUUACGACGCCACAGAAACAUAUUUUCUUCUUUCAAACGCCAUUUUCGCAAUAGAUAUAUAAUAUUUUUCGGCCAGAUGGACCAUAACGAUUCAAUUAGUAAUAACGGUUGUAUAAUUGAAUUUUGGAAAAUCGGGAAUUCAUUCGAAAUACCGCUCGUGCAUGGUUCUUUUAUACACGCGGAUGUUUAACUCGGUGCUCGAAUUAGCGGGAAAAAUCGAUAAUAUAAAUAACGCUGCGGAUGGUUUUAUAGUUUAGUUUAGAAAUCGUAUAAUCAUUCCGUAGAAAACAGUUAAUAUCAAAAACGUUAAAGUAACCCUACAUAAACGCGAAUAGCGUAUUGAAUAAUACAUUUCACGUUGAAGCCGAUGCAAUACUAUUUUUUUAUAUUUUAAACUGAAUGAAAUUACGAUAUAUCAUGUUUGAAGAAAAUGAAAAAAAAAAAAUAAAGAAAUGUCUAUUACAGCGUUCUCGGGUUAAUUAAAUUUUAGAGUAAAUAACGUUAAAACUUGUGGCCUUUCUAACGUACUUCAUCGCAAAUUACAACGAACAGUGGCGCAACCGAGAUUUGUCAAAAGGAGGGGGGGAGGGAAACAAACAUAAUAAAUGAUUUAACUGUACAACAAAAUACAAAUUUUUAAGUUAUACAUAUAUAUAUAUAUAUAAUGGUUGUAGUAAUAAUACUCUAACGAAGUUUUUGCGCUAAUUUUUUUUAAAGUCUGCUCUUGAAGUAUGUUACGGAAUGGGAUACAUAGUGGGACCGACUCUGGGCGCUCUGCUCUUCGGGGUAAGUAAUUUUUGAAAUUAUAUUUUAAUAUUAUACACAUCUACACAUAUUUGAAAUUAUAUUUUAAUAUUAUAUUCAUUUACACAUAUUUGAAAUUAUAUUUUAAUAUUAUACACAUCGUACUGGGCUUAUCUAUGUGUCCGUUUGUGUUAACAGGUCGGCGGAUUCACACUGCCAUUCACGGUCAUGGGUUUCAUUACGCUGGGAACGUCGGUUUUGGUGUGCAUUUUAAUGAAACAAGACGUGCCCAGUCCGACCAAGGCUAAAAGUAAGUAUACCAUUUAAACCCCAUUACACCCGUGGCAUUUCCAAGAACUUUUAGUGAGAUGAAAUGUAUAACAACGAUGUGAAACAGAGGUUACAAACUUUUGUGUACAUGCGACCCAAAAUAUUCACCCUACUUUAGACAUGAAAUUUCUCAAAAUUCUUAUAAAAUGUACGUACCGGAUCCGAAAAAGGUAAACUUUUAUUCAAGUUGCUCCUGAUAAUUCGGCUGAAAUAAUAUAUAUUUCAAAAUUGUAAAUUAUAAUUAAUACAAUUUCAUAGUAUAGUUGUUGUAUUUUUAAGCUAAUAGGGGGGGGGCAAUAUAACUCUCAACUUCACUUUGCCUGAGAACGCCACUGCCCCAACGCUGCUAGUUCGCGGUUGAAAAACGGCGGUUUCUGUAAAAUAAUUUUUUUUAAACAUUUUUUUAUUCUCGCAGCCAAAGUAUCGCACCUGUUGAGCGUUCCGACGGUAUUCGUGAAUUCCAUCGCGACAGUGAUAGCGGCUUCGGCUAUGGGAUACUAUUCGGCUGUUUUAGAGCCGCAUAUCCACGAAGUGAGUUUGUUUUUUUUUUUCUUUUUUAUGAUAUAACCUAGUUUUUUAUUUUAUUGAUAUUAACUCGACUCGAACACCGCAUAGAUGAUAUAUACAUCGUUAAUGUACGUAUUGUUAUUGUACAUAGUUUUGAUAACGAUUUUUUGAAAUAUUAAUAACGAGGUUUUUUUUUUAGUAAAAUAUAAUAUCGCGUUCGCGCAAUUAAACUACGCGUGUAGUGGGUACGUGUACUACACAAUGAAUAAUAUUGAUAACAAUAUUACACAUAUUACAUAUUUUAGGUGCGUAAAAAAACGGAUACUUUUUUUUUUGUUUUUCGUACACAAUUUUAUUAUAAAAAUAAGCGUCGUGCAAAUAAUAACAGGGGGACGAAUUGAUUUUUUUUUAAACGUAUUUUUAGAUUCUUAUUGCGAAGCGAGAAAAACGUAUAAGUUUUACUUGCUAUAUAUUAUGAUGUGUUUUUUUUCUGUUUGUUAACAACUUUUUGACCAGAAAUCUCGUUUUAAUCUUUAACUUCAGAGGGUUGUAAGGUUUCUGGCGGGUUUUUUCUUGUGGUUGUUGGAGUGGACAACUUAGAGAGGAAGAUGUCAGAAAAACCGGAAUAUCUACUCAAAAAUAGUUUCGGUUUAUUUUUGCAAUUCGGUAAAAAAUAAAUAUAAAGACUUUAAAUGUUCAUCGAAAACUCAUAAUGUUAUACAAUCAUUUCCAAGACGCAAUAAGAUUUAUCAAAAUAUUCUGAAGUUGUUCGGGUUGGUUGUACGUGAACGAAUAUGUUUUGGGCGUGUAAAAAAAACUCGCCAAUAACUAUUUGAACCAUGGGUAUACUCGUUAUAAUUGUAUUUGGUAGUAUUAAAAAAAAAAAAAAAAAAUGUUUAAAGUCUACCGUAAUUUAUUUUUAUAAUAUGCGUCGGUAAAUUCAUAUUAAUGAUAACAUUUCACGAUAUAAAUAAUACGACCUACUGCCAUGUUCGUAAACAAUGUUGCAUUAGGUUAUGCAUUUCGUAGUAAAAUAUAAAUUAAUAUCGUUUUCAAUUUAUCAACACAAAAAAAACCCAUUAAAUUGAACUCAAUAUACACUGUCUUAACUUUUUGCCAACAAUUAAUAAUGAUGACCCAUUAUUUUUAUGUAAACACUUUUACCACCAGAAAUCUUACUCCGAUUGUCGAGUAUAGCACCUUUUCUGAAAGAAAAUGUUCUUUGGGUGGUACUUUAAAGAGGUCAUUUUUUGAAAGUCUCAUUAAUAUUCGAGAUAAUGUGAAAAGCCUGGUUCUUUAGAUAAAAAAAUAUUGAAAAGUUAAAAAUAAGAUUGUCAUUGGCAACAGUUUUUUAUUUAUUUUUUGUUAUUAUAUUAAGUUUUAUUGUUUUAAUUUUUUUUCAACAAUUAUUGUUGUAGUGGAAACACACAUUGUUGUAAUCAUUAUAAUAUAAUAUGACAUAUGGUAUUGUUACAAAGUAACAGUAUCAACUGAACUCCGCUCAGAAUCGUUUUUCGAUAACAAUGGUUUAUCGUUACUAACAGAUAUACAUUAAAUUUCCAUUUAAAUUCUACUUUUCUACUUCCCCCUACAACAGUGAUCACGUGCGAAGUAUGUCCGUUUUUUUUUACUAUACAAUUAUGCAUUUUUCAAAAUAACCCCAGGAAAGAUAUAUUUAGCACCUCCCAUUGAAAAAUCCUAAGUACGUCACUGCACAUUUUCUGUACAUAUAUAAAAACAGUAACUGAUUAAAUCUAUGUCUUAACCUAAAUUAUCAUUGAAGAAAAUGAUAAGAAUUCCUUGUUGAGAUAUUGUAAUGUAAACAUCUACCGACAUUAUUAUAAUAAUGUAAAUUUAAACAAAAUUAACCAACAACGCCAGUGUGAGUAUGCAGCAGAAACUACUUGUCUAUACGUGCUUUAGGUACUUUAGACAUGUACGUUUACUAAGUGUUUAGUUUAUACGGACUAGUACAUAACUUGUAUAAUGAGUAUUACCAAGAAAAUGGAUGAAUGGAAUGUACUGAGUAGAUUUCUGAAUAAAUUCUACUCGGUAAAGGAAACUGAGUAUAAUAUGCUGUAUGGAAAUAUGUCUGUUUAUUACCUAAUCGAUUUAAAAUUUUUAUUGAUUUGUUUAAAAUUAAAUCAAACUAUUUAUUAAAUAAUGAACAAAGAUAAUCGAAAAUGUGUAUGACUCAAAAAAUUAUUAUAACAUGAUAACAUAUAACAAAAUGCUCACGGGUCACUGAAGUAGGUAGAUAGUUAGAAAGGUAAGAUAAACAGGGUGAUUUAGUUUAUUUUAUGGACUAUAGUAAAUGUAAUGAUAAAUGAUUGCAAACGAAAAAACGAUUCUGAGGGAAAUUAGAUUGAUGAUUUUCGUCAAAAAUUGAACUUAAACGCAUAAAAAAAAACUACUUUAUUACGCUCAAUUUUUCUUUACCACUAAGUUCAAUUUUUAAUAAACCUCGUGCUUAUCAAGCAUUGCUACUCGCCCAAUUUUAUCUACAUAAAACCAAAUAGAAACUAAAAAAAUAACUCGACAAUUUCAAUUAGCUCAAAAAUUGUAGAACGAUUUAACAUUUUACUACGUCUAGAAAGUUAUAUAUUAUAGCUUAACAUACCUGAAUUUUAUGAGAACAUUUCAGGUUUCUACGAUUAUUUUUAUCCAAAUUACAAUAGAAAACAAAAUCGAAAAUAAUGAAAACCGUUAUUAUGUAAAUUUGCCCGUCCUUUUUUUUUCUUUUAUUACGAUUCGACGCUUUAUAUUUAUAAUACUUUUUUUUUUCAGUUAGAUUUUUCAUGUGAACCCGUGUAUUUUUAAAAAAAAAAUUAUCUCUGGGUCGUAGAUUAUAUAGCGCGUGAGUUUUAUUUCGAUACCCGUAUCGAACAUAUAUUAUACAUACUGACCUUGAUAAAAAAAUUGAUAUAAUUUUCAUUGAUCUUAAAACCAACGGCAUGUGCUCGUAUUAAUAAUACAGGGCAAUCCAUUUAAGUGUCUGAUCUCGAUGCUUCGAGAAGUAUUGAUUUUUUACAAACUUUUUUUCUUGACAAUUUAAGUUGUCAAGCGUUACCUUGCCGUUAUUUUUUAUUUCGACCCUAUUUUCGAGAGCGAAACAACUGUCUACUUUUGAUCGUUUGUGUGACGACAGGGCGUUUGAAUAGUGCUCCACUACCUUCGCUCUAUCCAAAUUUAAAACCGGAAUUCCUCGUCAGCGGGUCAGUGGAAAUUGGAAAUGUCAACGCCGAAAUGUAUUGAAACAAAUAUUCCAUCUAUUUAUGGACAUUUUAACGUUGGUCGCCGUUUGAAAAAUCAGUCAAGUAGACAGUUGUUUCAGUCCUGAAAAUAAAGAUGACAAAAAAACAAAAAAAAAAAAAAAAACGGGUAUAAUGUGACAGUUUUUUUAGCCGCUUGGUUAUUAAUUUGUCGGAAAAAAAAAUGUAUUUAAAACGGUCAAUAUUUUUCGGGAUUACGUAGUGGUAGGUAGACACCCAAACGGAUCGCUCCGUACACGGCCAAAAUAAAAUUAAAAAAAAAAAUUCUGCAAAUAAUAAUAUUUGUACUCAUAAUCGGGCACACCUAUGAAACCAUAUUCGUGUAUUAAAAUUAAAUAUUAUUACGUUAUAAUAUCCAUUAAUAAUAAUUCGAUAAGACCGGUAUUAUAAUGUACGUGUGUACGAACGGGUGACCUAUAUUUCGUCGGAAAAUAAAAUUUACGAAAAUCAUUCGAGUAGAAAAAUAUUUUGCCGGAGAAGUUUUUUUUGUCCAAAAAUGUUGCGUACGAAAAUAAAUUUGUCGAACAGUAGUAAUUCAUUAGAACCGGCGUUUAGUCGGAAAAUGUGUUAUCUAUUAAAUACGAAUAAGAGCGCGCCGCCGAAAACGCGAGCCACAGUCAUAGCCGUACGUAGACGUCGUAAAAAUAAAUGAUUACCGAAAUGCCUCGUUUACCGUGCGGCUCACACUUGUGUCUCUUACCGCGGCACACUAGUGCGCGCCCUUUACAGCUUAAUAGCUAUUAAAUAAUACGCGAAUUUAUUGCGUAAUGCACAUGCGUGCCGCUGGCGUAGCGGCCGAACAGCUCCGUGUGCUUUGCGCAGCAUGGACGACGGACGGUGACUAAUCCGUACAAUUAAUUGAGCAUUGAGCAUUGAGUAACGAUGGCUCUGCGGACCCGGCGUAUCGGAGUGUGUGUUAUGCAACCGUACGCCGUGGCAGAGAGACCGUUGUUCGGCGGCCGGCGGACGAUACGGGAUAACGGCGUUAUCGCCUUUACAGGUAUUUUCCGCGGAUUGGCGAAAUCGUUUUUCCGUCGAAAUAUUUUUGCGUACCGAAUAUUAAUUCUGACGGUACAUUUUCUCCGGAGAUAUUUCCCCCCCCCUCUCCCCCAAAUACCGUCCGGAUAAAAUAUUUUUCUUCUCGAAUACGGUCCGACGUAAAUAUUUUUCGGAUUGUUUGUUUUUAUUUUUCUGAUAAAAUAACAUUCUAACAAAACAUUUUCGUACUUUAUACGCGUCCCAUAUUAACGCAUGCGUUCGCGCGCCCAUACAUUAUAAUACUAUACCCAAACGUAUUUAUUGUCAAACCGUAACAAUUAUUUAUUGUCAGUUUUUUUUUUUUUUUUUUCUGUUCGCAGUUGGUCACGCCCAUACAGGUCGGUUUCGUGUUCAUCAUUAGUGGCGGAACGUACGCCCUUAUCGCGCCCAUCGUCGGAUACGUGUGCGACAUCGGAUUUAAUCCUAAAAAAAUUAUGAUUCUGGGGACAAUCCUGACCGUCAUCAGUUACGCGAUCGUCGGUCCGGCGCCUUUCGUGCCGCUAUCCAAGUACGGGCAACAAAACGUUUUUAAUAACGAGCGACUCCCCCCCACCCCCCCCCCCCCGCAAACCCCUAAACAACUGUAAUAUUUGGCGGGAAAAUACUAUAUAUUUAUGUAUAAUAUAAGAUACUAUCGUCGUAAUAUUAUUAUUACGGUGUUACUGCGCGCGAAGAUUUCAAGAUUGGCGCCCGAAAAAGUAGUUGGAUCCUCCAUCUGCGAUAAUAAAUAACAAACGAAAAAACUGUUAAUUUUGUCUACUCGGUAGUGUAAAUUUUUAAGAUAUGGGGUGACGGACACGUCAUAUUUAUUUAAACCAAAACCUCAUCUAUUUAUGGAAUUGUGAUUUCAUCACCAAACAUAACGGUGGUCGAAAAUAGGGGCGGUGUUACAUUUUACAGUAUGUAUAUACAAGUUUUCACAUCUUUUGAAACGCUAUACUUUUAAAGCUGUUGGUUUUUCACCCGAUGAUUUUUUAAACCACGUGGCCACGUGCGCAGUAUGUCCUUUUUUUUUUUUUAAUUCUUUUACGUACCUAUAUUUUAUGUUUAUUAUCAGUCAGAACUGAGAAUGGCACCUACUUUAUUUUUCGAACUUGUGACAAAACAACUGAUUAACUAUUCAUUUUCAAGCCCCCCUCCCAGUUGAAAAAUUCUGCGUACGCUAUUGCCGCGCGAUAUUAAUUACUACGGUCGACUUUUUUACUUUACGUUCUGGUUUUUCGCGUACAAACUCCCGCGCACUCAAUAAUUUCAACGUCGGGUACACUUGCCGAGGUCUAUUUACCGUAUACUAUAUUUUCGUUUGACUCAAAAGAUUAUUUUAUCAUAAUUAUAAUUUGCUUUUGAAACCCUCCGCGCCGUUCCGCGGCCGCUCUGUUUAUAAACACUUGAAUAGAAACGCGUCACUCGAGUAUAUAAUUACUCGUAUAAUAAUUUUGAACUAGGAUUCCGCGUUAUUUCACCGCGCCGCCGCGACAAUGCGCGCCUCGUAUAAAUAAUAAUAAUUACCGCCGCAUUCCGCGUAUGUUUUUUUUUCUUUCUUUGAUUAAUUAAAAAUUAUUAAAAAGUUACGAAUAUAUUAUAUUCCAGAGCAGUGGUUCUCAACCGGUGUGUCGCGUAUUACUGUUAUGUGUCAUGUGUGUCGCCGCCAAAAAAAUUGUUUAUUUGUACGUAAAUAAGCAUGUCCUCAGUCGCAAUCAUCAUGUUGUGAGCGUUGUGUGUGUUAUUUCAAAUGUAUUAAUUAUUUUAAGUGUGUCGUCAUUUUUAUGGAUCUAAAUUAGUGUGUCUUCAUACAAAAAAGCUUGAGAACCACUGCUCCAGAGCUCUCUAUUUCGCGUGUAUACGUAUAUUCACCGUAAUGAUAAUAAAAUACGAACAUACGCGAGUAAAAAUUUUUCAUUCAGAAAUUGUCAGAAAAAGCCACUAAAAUCCCUACAUAUACCAAAAAAAAAACACAAAAGUAUCUAAAUAUACAAAAAUGUGCGACAUAAAAUAAUAGAUUUAGGUUUGUUUGUAAUAUUAGACAAAUUUCUUUCGAUUGGCAUUUUUUUUAUUGGCAAAUUGUAGGACUGUUUAAAAUAAAUAUGCGAAUUCCUCUGCUCUACUGAUUGCUAAAGGGCUCGGGUUUCAAAGCAAAGUACAUUUUUUUUGGGCAUGGUUUAAAACAAUGCUUUCCGAGUAUAUAGAAUCGAUUUAUGAAACAGAUACUUCAGAAGUGAAGUUUUUGUUUUCAUUAUUCGCGGUUUUUCCAUUUUUAGAAACAUUUUUUUUUUUUUUUAAUAUUUACUGGUCAUUUUUUAAAUUAUGUCAAUACAUUUUAUUUGAAUGUAAUUUGAUUUAAUAGGUUUUAUGUAUCAAAACAGAUUGUCAAAUAUCAAUCGUUUCUCUACGAUUGUGGUGCGUCAUCGGGCUUAAACAAUUAACGACAGCAAAGGUGAAACUUUUAUUUUGCAUUUUCCGAUGUUUUCGAUUUUUGGAUCAGUUUUGGGCAUUUUGAGUAAUUUUUUUGUCACUUUUUUAGAGUAUUUGUUUAUUGUGCCUUAGUAUUCUGUUAUUUUUCAUUAUUUUAAUUGUAUUUAUAUAUAAUGCAUAUCUGAAUUAUAAAAAAUAUGUCAUUCAAACGGUCGAUUUGAUUUUAUUAAUCGUAAACUCUGUAAGUAACAAAAAAAAAAUCCCUAUUUUACAUAGGAAAUCAGAAUUUGACAGCAUGAUAUAGUGUAUUAUUCUAUAAUACUUAGUAAAAUAUAUUGAAACUCGAGCCAGCGAACAAGAACAAUAUGAAAAAUCGAGACAAAUUUUAAUAUAAUUUUAUUCCGGCUGUCUCGUUAAAAAAUACAUAGUAUAUUAAUUUGUUUCAAUUGUUGGUGCUAGUACCUAUUGCUAUAGUACGCUGGUAUAUUAUAAUGGUGAAUAUGAGAUCAAGUCUUCGUAUAUUGAUAAAAAAAACUUUGCACCGUAAAGGUGCCAUAAACGAAAUAAUAGUAAUUAUAAUAAUUAUUAUUGUGUAGGCACGGUUAAAAAUAAUCGUUUGUAUAUUAUAUCCGUAUGAAAUAUCGCGAGAUUAGAAUUGCAUAAACAUUAAAUACAUGGAGGUCAGAAAAUAAAAUAUAUAAGUAUAUAAAAAUAUCCACCACGUAGUGACCUCAUGAGAAAGAAAUGCCAGUUACGAAUUAGUUACCUAGUUAGAUACGGUCUCGAAGAAUAGAUUUAAUAGGUUGUAGUCGUCUCGACGGUAUAGAGAUUCGAAAUCUCCUUAUCGCGAGAUAAAUUAAUGUUUUAUUAAUUUAUCGAUCGUUCCAUAACAGAUACAACAAUAAUGCGAUUUCUUACGUUAGGUAGCUACGUGUAUUUUUUUUAAAUGUUCGAAUAUUUUUAUAUGAUCUUCUUAACGCCAGUGUUUCGCAGUAAUGAAAUAGUUUUUUUCGCUUUAUGUCGACAUUUCCCCGAGAAUAGAGAAUUUAAUAUAUAUCUUUUUCCUGGACGUUUGGACACUUUUAGCGUCUUUCUCUGGUCCAAAAAAAAAAAGAUCAACUUAAAAAAUUCGAGGAUUUCUGUACAUGUGGAUUGAAGUGAUCAAAUUUUGGUUAAAUUUCAAUAUGAAUUUCAACAUAUGGUCGCGGGAGGAGAAUGUUUUUUUUUUUCAGCUUUGUAUAUUUCUACUGAUCCCCCCCCUCCAAACACAAAGUCAGGUGCGUACAAUUGUGUAUAUAAAUGAUGUAAAUAUCAAUAGGACGUGCCUUUUGGGGGUUUCAACUUUCCACCCCCUCGUCAGCAAUUUGUAUGCUAAAAUAUUAUAUUUUCACGGGAACCGUCGUGUUUUAAAUAAACCCCUACAGACUAAAAUGCAAUAAAACGCAUAGCAACCAUAAAAAUAAAAAGAUUAAAUAUAAAAAUAAAUGAAAUAUUGUAACAGUGACACUUCGGUCGGAGGGAAAUUCGACUCUAGUCACGGAUCUCUGCUGCUCACGGGGUUUUUUUUUCAUCGCUUUUACAGUCCGUUUACAGCCAGUCACUUGCAUUUAUUAUGUAUACAGAAAUUAAACUCCGUAGACGUUUUCACAGUCGAAACUUAAGUGUAUAAUAUCCAGAAAUAAUUUAUUUGUAUAUAAUUCCCUUUGAAAGUAUAUACUAGUAUAAUAUACAGCUGCAACUAAAAAUUCAAAGGAAAAAAAAAUGUUUAUACCGUUUUCUCCUUAUCCAAUUUCGAGAUGUUUUAUGAAUUAUGAACGGGGGGAGGGGAAGCAUCUUAAAAACAAACUUUUCAUAAGCUGCGCCAGAGAAGGAUAAUAUUUUAAUUAAAUUUUAUGAAACACUUCUAUUCACGAAAACAAAAAAGAAAAAAUCAAUGAAAAAUACCAAUCUUAUUGAAUCUGUUCGGUAGGUAUAUGGAAUUUGUUAUUUAGACAGCAUACAAUAUUCUUGAAAAUCAUCGAGUUCAGUGACUGUAAAAUGUAAAUUCACAUUUAUGGUUCAUUAAUUUAUCGUUCUGUAACAGAACGAACACGUACCAUCAUCAGUCUAAAAUAGUGUUUCCCUUUUUCGGAAAAUGGGCAUGCAGUUGAACAAAAAAACUAAACUAUAUAGUUUUAUAUUACGAAGCCAUUCCUAUAUUUUUUAAAAAUCUAUGAGUUACGGAUGCGGAAAAAAACCGCCGAGAAACUGGUCGAAAAUAACAUGACGUUUUGUGUAAAAUCGUGUAGGUAAUAUUUUUAUGAUCAACUUUAACUGAACAGUCGACAGUGUACCCGGUCGUAUUACUACACAGAUUUUCAAUUAUAUUGUAGUAUUAUAUAUUAAACCGAGUCGCGUGUUUGUUUUUCGAAUUCUUAAUUAAUUAAAAUAUUAGUCGCAGAAUCGAUUGGAUUCGGAUGUCUUGAGCGUUACUUAAAAAUAAAAAAGGAAAAACAAAGAUUAUAAGAAAAGCGUUAUAAAAUAUGCAUUUAACGCCACCGGGACCGAAUAUUUUGUGUAAAUAUUUUAUAAGCGCUAUACAUAUAACUCCCGCGGAACACAUCAAUAAUUUCUCCUUGACGAUAUACCCGAACGCUUUGGAAAUUAAAAACUAAGGGUUUCAUUUCGUAUUGUACUUACGGAUCAAUAUUAUGUUUAACCUAUACAAUUUCGUCGAGAGCUUUUCUCGUGUUCCGUAUUUAACAAUCGUAUUUUUUUGUUAUUAUUAAUGUCGCCGUUUACACUCGUAUAAUAAUGUUGGUGCCGAAAUCGAACCAAAACCGUUUUCAAUUUUUUUUUUUUUUAGAUUCUGAGCGUUUAUUGGCGUUGAUAAUCGUGUGCUCUUCUUUUCUUAUGUGUCACGAAACGAAUUUUCUGGACCAGAAACCUCGGGACAAUUAUUAGUUUCAGGGCGGUUUAUGAUGGCAAAUUUCGGCUAGUAGGCGCAUCAAUAUGAAUCCUUCAAUCUAAUAAACCUAUUUAAAAUUCUAGAUUAUCCGCUUUUUUCGAACUUGUUGCUUCGUUAUUAACUUAAUACGUUUCUUUAAAAAAUCCAGUUUCAAUGAACAUUUUUUCGAAAGUCAACGCGCAUUUAAGUGUUUUUGAUCACGCAAAAUUCAUUGGUCUGAGCCAUUUUUUUUGAGUAAAGAGGGUCACAUUUUAUUUUUGUCCUUAGAAUACAGAAAUUAAAUUAAAUUUCAGAUUUUGAGCGAAGUGAGGAAUGUAUUGUAGUUUUACUAAAUUAUGUAAUGACGUGUACAAUUUUUCUGUUUAUUAAUUUUUGACCAGAAUAUUUGCUCCCUCAUCAAAUUCAGGGACGGUUAUAUCUUACAUGGUAGUAUUUCGGAUCUAUUCGUUCAUUUUUGGAAAUUCGGUUCACACAUGGAUAAAAAUUGUAAAUAAAACGAGGAUAUUAUUUUACAAUACUUAACGCAUAAAAUUAAAAUUUUGUUUAAAAUUACCUUUUUUUUUAACACAAUUAAUUUCUAUAUGUACUUUUUUAUUUUUUUUCAGAAAUAUACUGUUGGUUAUUAUCGGUUUAGUAAUACAGGGACUGGCGUUGGGUAUGAUAUGCGUACCUACGUUCGUAGACUCAAUGACGGCUGCCUUGUAAGUUUUUUUUAGAAUAUUUAUAAUUCUACGUUUUGUUGUAAUAUAAAUAUUAUAGAAAAUUGUUUUUGAUUGUGAUUUUUUUUUCUUUUUUAGUGACGCCGGUUUUCCAAAUGACAUACACACCUACGGUUUAUUGUCGGGCAUAUGGUCUUCGUCGUUCGCGCUGGGCGCAUUUUUGGGCCCGACGAUAGCGGGAAUUCUUUACGAUCUGGUCGGAUUCGAGAGAGGCACAUACUUCGAAAUCUUUAUACACAUUGUAUUGGUGAGUAAAAUUUAAAAUACAAAAGUAGGUUUAUCAUUAUUAUCGGUAAACAUAUUUAAUAAUCAAUUUGCAACCCGUGGAGUCACGGCGAUAAUAUGUCGAGAAAUAAUCGUAAAAAAAAUAUACAUAGUAUAAUAAUGAUAAUAAUGUGUAUGUAUAAUAAUAAUAUUAUACAAUAUGUGACAAGAGGAUUUCUAUGAGAUUUAAAAGGUAAAUUCUACAUAAGAGUAUGUUAUGACCGAUUAUGUUGUAUGGCCCGGAUUAUUGAGUGGUCGACAGACCAAUAUAAUAAAGAAUGUGUGUGAUAGAGAUAAGGCGUGGCUUCGUUAUAGGAGUUAAAUGAGAGAAAAUUGACUGAUAUGGUUUGGGCAUGUCAUGAGGAGAGAAAAAAUCAGAAACAGUGAGAGCCGUAUUGAAAAUAAACGUCGGAGGAAAGACGGGGAGAUGAAAAUCAAAAAAUAGGAGGUGGAUGUGAUUGAGGAAUGAUACCGAGGAUGGCGGGUGUGUGCGAGAACAAUGUAGCGGAUCGGGUCAAGUGGAACAACGAGUGUGUAGACCUCGCUUAAUUUGGAUGAAGGCGAAGGAAAAGAAGAAAAAAUAUAAAUAUUAAAGUAUUAUAAUAUUAUAAUUUUAAUUUUAGAUUCUGAGUGGAACGAAGAGGCUUAUGGUUUUAUAAAGAUGUUUAUUUAUUUUUUUUUUUCUGUGAACAACUUUUUUACCAGAGGACUUGCUCCGAUUUUUACGUGUAGCAACUUUUCUGAAAGGAAAUCGGUGUUGGGAGGUACCUUAGAGACGUCAUUUUUUCUUAAGAUUUUCUUAAGAGUUUUAUCAUCAAAUGCGAAAAACCGAAAAAAAAAAACAAGAAAAUGUACGAAAUAUAUUACUGAAAUAUUACGAUUUUUUUUUCUGUACUUUUCUACCAGCAAUUUUGCUCCAACUUUUAAUUAUAGACAUUUUUCUAAAAGGAAAUUUCACUGGGAAGGGACUUCGAAGAGGUCCUAAUUUUGCAUAUUUUACCAUUGCAUAUUAUUAUUAUACAUUUCUUUCUUAAAUAUUGAUCCAUGUUUGAUUUACCUAUUCAUAAAAUUAUAAUAUUUUUUAUUUUUAUAUAUAUAUUUUUUUUUCUAAUAAAAUUAAUAGAUUAAUCAAUAUCAUAUUAAUUAUAACGAUGAAAUGAUCUACUGUAAUAGUUACAGCGAAUAACGAAAACCGUUUUGUAUUAGCGGUAAUAGUUUGAACUGCAUGCGGCUAUACGUAACCCUGACCUUCUAAAAACUCUAUUUCGGUAAUAUAUUUCAAUAUAAAUUAUAGAUAGCUACCUAUCUAUAAUGUUUUGUAAUUUUUACGGUGUAGAUAACUGACGUCUGAUAAUACUAGUAGAUAAUAAAUAGUUAUUGUAUUAAUAAAACGUGUACCCAUAUGCCGUAUGGGUACUAUUAAAUUAAAAUUUAAAAAUAGUAUUGUAUACAGAGUGUUUCAGAUAUUUUAUUCGUUAUAAUAACCCUCGGGAAUGUUUAGUCGUUUAAUCGACACUCGACUUUUGUUCAUUAUUGUUGAUAUAAUCCUAUUAAUGUUAUAAAUGCGAAUGUUUGUUCGUUAUCCUUUCGUGACAAAACUAAUGAACAGAUUGAACUGAAACUUUGUAUGGAUGUAGUUUUAGAUCAGAGGUCGGGAACCUUUUCGUGUAAAUGAGACAUUUUAAAAAAAAAAUUUUCAAAACCACGAUUUCCAAAGAGCCGCAAUGGUUAAGAUAAGAAAUAAAUACCACAGUACAAAAGACGACUAAUAUAUUUCGUUAAGCAAUUUCAUUGGGAAUUGGUAGGCAUAUAGUCAAAUUUUACUAUAUAUUUUAUGGGUCUAGCUCUAAAUCUAGAAUGUUUAGAUAUUGAUGCAUUUUUUAAAGAGCCAUAGAUUACAUAUUAGGAAGCCGCAGUUUCCGACCCCUGUUCUAGACCCCCUCCCUCUCGUAUUCAACCACUAAAGGAGCUAUUUGGUUAUUGGUAUUUUGGAAAAUCGUAUUAUUUUUGUUGAUAAAUCAACAAGGGUUACUUUGGUGAUACACGUGAAAUAAAAAUAUAGUGAAACCAGACAAAACAAAGAAAAAUAAAUAUUAACGUAGUUCGUGUAAGGACCCCCAAUAACAUAACGACAGUUUUUCUUUUCUUUCUUUUGACACGGGCAACGCCGAGCGGGACAACUAUAGUUUAGACUUAAAAUAAUAACGCUAAUAAUAAAAAAAUAACGUUACAUUUUUACCGAAGCGGAUUGAAAAUAUAUUAUUUAAACCGACGUAUUUGUUUUUCAAAUGAGAAACGUGCACGUUUUUCUAUCGAACAUUAUUACAGCGUUUGAGGUGUGUGAACAAUUCGAACGUUUUUGUAGAUAGGCCGAAUCGAACACCCCGCAAAUAAUAAUUUCUAGGUACCUAAUAAUACUUGUUUCCGGAAGGAAUAAUAUUCCGGAAUGAUAUAUUAUCGUCGUACAGCUAUUCCAUUCAAUCGCGUGAUGUCUGUCUGUCGGUUCAAAAGAUGCGUUCCAUUAGCGGAACCUUUUCGCGAAUACCGUCAUCGUUUCGAACCUCAUGGCGGUCGGUCGAUGGCCGAAACACCGUCUGCCGCUGGCGUUUGAAUGGAACCGUUCUCCCACGAUACCUCAGAUACUCCGCGUCGGUGAAUUUCGCCUUUUACAUAUAUAUAUGUGUAUAAUAGUUACCUAUAGGUACCUAUAUAAUAUAUUAAAGAGGAAAUGUCUCGCAUUAUAUUUUCAUAAUUUAUUCGAACGGUUGCGAUACUGUUUUAUUUAAAUAAUACCGGCGGUUGUUCAAAACGAUUCGUGCGAUUUCAAACGCUUGGAUAUUUUCAGUUUUUAGGCAUUUACAAUAAUAAUAUACAAUGUUCUAUUUAAACAAAUUAUGUCUGGAAUUUCGUUUAUCGUAUAUCCCGUGGUGAAAGUGCGAAAAACUACGGAGAGGAUUUACCGAAAAUCGAAGAGCGCUGCCCGUGAAUUGACUAAACCUAACUAAACUUUCAGCAAACCCGCCAAGAUUACCAUAAUGGUUUUCUCUCACACGACGCAUUUGUUAGUAAAAAUGUAAGACUAAUAAUAUUUAGAAAUAAACCGCACCCUCUUUCAAAUAUCAUCAUAUUACACAGUAAAAAUAAAUUAAAACGGAGUCUGAUCAUAUAUUAUAUAAUAGGUAUUAAAUAGUUUAUUUUUGAUAAAAUAAUUAGAGUUUUAAAAACUUAUCGGUUUCUACUGUUUUAAUUUGAUUAUUAAAGAUUUAAUUUCAUACACAUUUACCAUUAUAAGGUUAUGUUAUACUUGAUUCCGAUAAGGCUAGUAAAUGUAAAUGUAGGUCUGACAUAUGGGCUUUGAUAAAAAUCGAAGAGAUAUGCAACUUACAGUGUUUGAGCGAAGGAUUCUAAGAAGAAUUUACUGACCGUGUAUUGAGUAUACAACUGUAGAAGAAUGGUGAGUACAUCACAAUGAUGCACUGAGAAACGGAUUCCAACGGUCGGGUAAUAUUAACUUAUUUAAAUAGUUAUACUGUAAUAAAAUGUUGGAAAAAACUGAGCUAUACACUCAUGAGUCGUAGAGGGGGGGGGGAGGAUAAACCAUUUUUUUGGACCCGGAGUUCUUAUAUAUUAUAGUAAUUUACCGUGUAUUGACGUUUGUUAACGUUAACUCACCUAUACAGUGUGUAUGCAUAGAUUGAAACUGGUUGAUUUAUCCGUUUUAAAUUUAGGUAUUUAGUUUAUAAUAUUACCGUGAUCAGGGAAUAAAGAUCAGAGCUACCCCAGAGCAAUAUACUCAAUUUAGUACUUUGCAUUGAGAAGCCAUUAAAUGUGCACAUAUUUCGUAUAAUAUUUUAUGCACAUUGGAAAAGUUUAAUAAAAAAUACAAACACAAUAUCUUUUGUAGUUAUGCAAAUAAAUACUACAACUACUACAGGUUUAAAAUACCAUUACAUUCUUUUUACAAUCAUACAAUUUUAUGAAUUAAAUAUUUGCCAUAAUAUUUUUAAAUGUUAGUAAUAAUUCUUCUUCCAAGUCAAAUUCCAAAUCUAUGUUAUAAAAAUCAACUAGACUUUUUUUUUCAAUAUCAUCUAAUGAUUCGUUUUGAACGUUUUAUAUAAAUCCAAAUUUAUCAUUUAGUUCAGCGUAACUAUUUACUAUUUUAUUUUUUUAUUAAUUUAUCAAUAAUUUUUUUUAAUUAACCGUUAAAGUUACUUUUAAAGUAUUCUUAAUUUCUUAUUACCAUCGAAUAAUACUGGUCCAAUUGCAAUUCGUAUUAGAUACUUAUUCUGCCCUAAUUAUUUGCAACUCAGUAAAAACGUCGUAAUUCCGUUUUUCUAAACUAAAUGCGUGUGCGACCGACGCACUACAGCGACAAUACUUUCGAUAACUGAACUAAAUAGUUUUGGUAUACAACGGUCAAUGCACGAUAGCGGAAACCCAAAACAUUUAUCAAUUGUUUGAAAUUAAAUUUAUAAAAUACGACUAAAAUGACGGCCAUCUCUUUAAACAACAAUGACGUAUUAAUGCCGGCUAUAAUCACGGCAGUUGUAAUGUGUGAUAGUCCAUACUCGUUUUAUUCAGCGCUAUAAAACUUCGUUUCGGCUAUUCGGAUAUUGCACGGACGGUUAAAAAAGUCAAUGUCGGAGUCCCGGACGCUUGGCACCCGUCUCGAUUCGCUCACGUCAGAACAGGCGUACUAACAAUACCCGCGUAUUUUUUUCCAGAUUCGAAACGGAGUCCGGAAGAAAUAUAUAUAUUGGUUUCACAAUGACAUCGUUUGUUUUUUUUUUUUCUUUUGUGCGCGCGAGUCUGUAUUAAAUUUUUCAUAGAAAAAACACUCACAUGUAAUAAUAUAGUUUCGCAUUUAUAAAAUAAUAAUAUUUUUUUUCCGAAAAUAUGCCUUUAUAUACUCGUGAUGGCAAAGUGCGCAGCUUUUCUUUUUUUUUUUUUACCUUUUACAAGUAUAAUAUACUAUCGUACAUAACGACUGUCGCGAAUGUCAAACGAAAUACGAAAUACUACGUGCAGUUUUUAUUUCGGAGAAUAAUAUAUUUUUCAUGAUUUUAGUAGGAAACGGACGUUUAUAAAAUACAGAUAAGGACCUGAAACAAAAUAACUACAUAAUAUUUCGAAAAUCAUUAUUUUUAAGAAUUAACGCCCACUCCCCAAUGAAAAACGCAUGCAAGUUCAAAUAAUUAAUACAAUUUCACUAUUUUAACACGCAUGUAGUCGUGUUUGAUUUCACAAUCGUUGUUUUAUAAUAUGAAAUUUAGAUUACUUUUAUUAUAGUAUAAAAUAAAAAUAGAUAAUAGACGAGUAAGAAAAAAAAUUGCAAUCAAUUCGCGCCACCUUAAACUCUCUAUAUCUGACCUAUAAUACAUCUUAUCGUUUUUCUAAUCAGUAAUCACGUUUCCAUAAUCAACUGUUCCGUACAAUUUGAUUAAACCAUUUGAAAAUCAUAGUAAAUAACAGUGACGUAAAUUAUUACUCACGUGGUCUCGUUUUCAUAGGUAUAGGUAUUCAGUCAUAAUAUACGACGUAUGGACAUUAUCAAGUUUUAUUUAAUCCUUUUGGAAUUAUUGUGUUUCACGCGUUUAUUAAUUUAACCAUAGACGUGUUUAGAUAAUACUAGUUGAAGGGACAGCAGGCAGGCACCAAUGUUUUUCAAAAAUCCUCACUAGAGAAGAGAAGUGAGAGCGUACGGCGCUUAACCAUUUUAUAAACUUAAAAGUAAAUUAGUACCCAAUUAUGAGCCUACUGAAUCAAUAUUGACCGUUAUCUUAGGUUUACUUAAUAUUUGGAAUUAUACAUACUGACAUGUUAUUGAUGAACACUGGCAGAAAUCACGCGGAAGGGGGGCACCGAGACUCGUACGCUAUAAAAUAAUACAAUUUUAAUACUAAAUAUUGUUAUUCACGAAAAGACGAAUGAAUAAUUUUAAUGAAAAUCGAAUUAACAUUUUUUCUUUUUUUUUUUUUUUGUUAUUUAUAAAGUUGUAUCUGUAUUUGAGUGGGGCCAAGUUAUAUGUUUGCCCCUCCUAUGUUUUUCACGUUCCUCCCUACUCCGGCGUCACUUUACGGAGCUUAAUAUUUAAGAUACGUAUAGCUUUCGGAAAUAUUCUCCUUUUAAUAUUUUAUCAUAGCGUUAGUCUAUAUAGUAUACAUUUUUGUUUUUGAAUUUUCAUUUUAUUAAGUCUCGAGUCUUUUGAUUGUUUUGCUACUGUAAUCGUGAUUGCAGUAUACUGUUAUUAAUAUUAUAUUGUAAAAAUCGACGUAUUCAUUUUCGGAUACACUUAUUCUGUACAAGACGUAUAAUGCCGGACAAACGUAGAAUAUUGUGUUUCGGUGAUAAUGUUAGCGUAGUACGUACACACAUAUAUAUAUAUAUAUACUCACGGAAUAUAAUGUGGGAACCGAUCGUUUAAUAUUUAUAACCGUUUAAAGUUUAGAAAACCGCGCGCGGAGAAACGCGUAUUAUAUUGUAGUAAAAUUUCGCAGGAGCAUUAAAUUAUUUCCACGUUUAACCCCGCAGCGUAUUAUACGUACCUUAACUUACCUCUAAACUUUAAGCGCUCAUGAAUAAUAAACCGCAUCGCGGUUCGAUAUUCGAUAACCGUACGCGAGUCGAUUCGUUAAACAUAUUAUGCACAGCACGGUUAGGUUAGGGGGAAUAAUACGGAGGAACAAUGAGGGUCGCGUUGUGGAAAACCGACGAGAAGUCACUAUUCGAUGUAUCUUAAAAACAAGUACUUUAAGAAAUGAGUCCACGGUGUAAAUACGGGAAACUGAGAAUCUGAAAAAAAUAGGGAGUUUUGGCGGAAUUGUUCCGAAGUCUGAAUUUCGCAGUGGAAUACACGAAGCCGUAAAGCGAUUUGGAAAAUAUACCGCGGAAUCACAUAUUUUAGCCAAGUUACAAUGACCAGAGUUCGACUUAUUGAAUAAAAUUAGACUUUUGGAUCCGGCUUUUAAAUGUCCUGUGUCGAGUUAAGUACACCAAAAGUAGAUUCUACGUAUAAUUAUUAUAGUUACGAAUAAUUAAUGAACAAUUAAUUUACGAAUAAUUCGCGAAUCAUUAUUAUUAUUUACUAUAAUUCCUUCCAUUGGGAAUUCCCGGGUUCGGCACUGGAAAAGAGAAAAACGUAGAGUGAAUCGGAAGAACUUGGCAAUUAAGGUCAAGAAGAAACCUAAAUAGCAAGAGAAAAAUACGAAAGAGCUACAGAAACACGACCGUUAUGUACCCCUACAAUUCGGAAUAUCAUAAUGUACUCGCGAGUAUUAAAAUUGUUUUAAGAGGAUGCGUGAGUCUGUGCGUUUUUGAAGUUUACAUAGAAAAAACCUUUUCGUAUUUUGUAAUGUAAAACAGCCUACGGCAAAAAAUAUUUAGGAAUACAAUUUAUCCACGGGAAUGAUAUCAUAUCCAUUUCGUUAAAUAUUAGUUUAUAAACAAGUUACGACUUUUUUCAAUUUAAAAAAAGUCCGCUUUUUAAUCUUGAAUAUCGACUAUAGUAUUCGAGUAAAUCGAAAAUCAACAUGCUGUACCCUUGCAGAUAAUAAUGUAUUGUUUUCUUUCAUUUUCAUAUUAUAAUAAGUAAAAGCACUCAAAAAUCCCCUUAUAUCGGUACUGAAACUUAUUUAAGGAUGUGGGCGAGCUGGUUUCGUAGAGACUCAAAACAAAUUUCAGGGAUAAGGGGUCUUCAUUUUUUUUAAAAAAAUAUAGGUACACUUAUAUUUUUAAAGUUCACUACCGGAUCCCAUCCUUCCAGUCACGGCUUCGGGUCGACCUGUACAAUUCAAUAGUAAUAAUUUAGAAAAAAAACAGUCGUCCAAAGGGACGGAGGCGAGCGCCGCGUUUCCUCUACCGCCUCCCCCCCACCCGUACAAUGUUUUAAAUUUGUAUGUUCCGAAACGAAGACGACUCGACCUGAAAAUAAUAUUUUUUUUUCGACACUCGAUUCAACAUAAUAUUCCAGUAUAAAAUAAAUAGAUAUUAACACGGUCCCAUAUUAUGCCAAAUAUAAUGUCGCCGUAACGUUCGUUGAUUUGUUUUUUUUUUUUUUUUAUUGUACGUACGGCAGUGUCGUUUUAUCGAUUUUUAACGAUAUCGUUUUUUUUCCCCCUUCCAACAGGGCAUUGCGCUAAUGGCGUUCGUGUGCAUGGAACGUAACCCGUCGGACAAGUUCGCGGCGGCCAACGGUCUGUCCGAAUCGACGGUCGGCUUCGCGGGCCACGGCGACAACAAGGCCGACCCGACCCCGGUGCCGGGCGGUCCCAAGUCGCCGGUGUACACCAUCAACGGGCACCACUCGUUCCGGUCGGGCAGCGCGCACCGGUUCGGCUCGACGUACGGCAGCUUCGGCAACUCGUGUCUGGGCACGUCGCUGUCGUCGAUGCGCAUCAACACCGAGGCCAGGGCCGAGGCCCGGGGCAGUCCGCUGGCGCUUGCGUCCCGCAUCUAGUCAGCUCCAGUGUAAUAACGAUAGUCACCGCCGCCGCCGCCGCCAUCGCCACCGCCCAAUCCCAUACGCCGCCACUACCGGCGUCCCCCUAUCCAACCACUUCUUUCCCAUCAGCCCAUAAUUUACAAUAUUACAAUUAUUACUAUCGCGAUACGCCUAACCUAAUAAUACGUAACAUGUACGCCAAACACCUGACCUCUACUAUUAUAGAACUUUUUAACCCUGUCUAACGUCACCCAUUUCAUUACCCGUAGUUUUAUCAGCUGAUACAGGAACAUUUUUUCAACAAGAAGAAUAAACCCAAUCGCCAAAAUAUCACGCUCGUUACUCGCGACACUGCCGAGACUGAAGUGUAGCUCACAGGUAAAUAUCGUAUAGGAAAAAAAAAAAAAAAAAUUAUAUACUGACGACGGGCGCACGGUAUUUUUUUUUUAAAUUCUAUUCUAUGUAUAUUAUAAUUGUAAUUGUAUAUAUAAAUUUUACGUUUUCAUAGUAUAGUAUGGUAUAAGUUAUUUUAAUAUACACGUCUUAAGUAUACAAUGAAUGCACUGCGUUGUUUUUAAGUCGUGAUAAAUUAUCAUUAUUUGUUUGGGUAUUUUGAAGUUUUAUUGAUUGAAAAUACUGUCGCACGAUAAGAGCCGUUUCGAAAAAAAUAUCUAACGAUCGUUAUCCGUGUCGUUUUGUUUUGUUUUUUUUUUUUUUUUAUUCUUUUCGAAACUGUAUAAAAAAUAUUAUCUAAGUACGUCACGCGAUACGCCCGUCGUCUCGUUCUCGUGGUGGAGGGAAAGGGUCUGUCGAUCUGCGCCGGUGCGGGAAACGCAAGGGAUCCGAGGUCACAAAACCCUGCCCUCCCCGUAUUUAAUUGCUUACACAGUUACCACUACACCUGUUUAUAUACACGUCGUCACUUUUUAAAAAUAAGUUUUUUUGUUCGUAUUUUCGGACGUACUAUAUUAUGUUAUUAUAUUAUGUUUUACGACGGGAUCCGUAAUAUAAUGAAAAUAUCGUCCGUGUGUAAAUCCACAAACCCGAGAAACUAAAUCGCUCGUUUCUCGUGCUACUACCUAUAAAGAAAAUAAAUUUAAAAAAACCCCAAUCUAUCCGUAUCGUAGGGCGUAUUGUAGGCCUUUGGACGGCCCGCUCGUUGCGUACGCCAGAAAUAAUAAUAUAAUAAUACCGAUGAAAGGUAAACGUCGUCGUGUCGUCCCGGGUUUUUGGGAGUGACGAUAUUCCGGAAUGUAGGGACAUCGGUUGCACAAUAGAAUGCGGGGAGGCUUAGGAGGUCCCCGAAAUCUCCUCUAACUCUUUCAACAUUUCCUAGAGUUUCCUUGAAAAUAAACACUCAGUAAAAUGUGUUCUAGUUACCUACUUUUUUUUUUUGCGAAAAUGUACAGAACAAGUGCAGUUUGGCCCUCUUAAAUCCCCUUCCCCUUAUCCCCCCCCCGCGUCAUAUACCUAUGAUAAGUAUGUACUUUAGAAUCGAUUUUUUCUCUAUUAUUUACCGCACAGCUGACGACGACGACGACGCAGUGAUCGCCCCGACAAAAUGUCACGUCGCGUUUUCGCAAAUAUUUACUACUGUUACGAUGUAGCGUUCGAGGUUUCCUAACAAAAGUUUUGCUUAUGUUUUAUUUUUUCUAAAUUUUCGUACUAUACGUUGUAUAUCAUAUUAUAAUAACUAACCGGAACAAAGAUAUUGGCGCGCGUAGCGUUUUGAUUUUUUUUUUUUACACGCGGUUCUCGGGCACGAUAUUAAAAACGAAAAAAAAAACCAAAUAAAUACAAUAAUGCCGAUUUAGAUAUUAUUAUGAAUUAUUAUUAUUAUUAUUUUUUUGUUAUUUUUUUUUUUUGUUUUAUUAUAAUACGAAUAUAAUAUUAUUAUUGUAAACGAGCGUGUACGUGUUAUAUGUUGUGUAUGUAAUAAUAAUUAAAACGAUAGUUUUUUAUGUUUUUUUUUUUUUUCUAUUUAGAUAAUAUAUUUUAUUAUUCGAAUUGAUUUAAGUGAGUGUAUUACGUUAUAGGUAUAUCUAUAGAUUGAAUAAUUAAGAUAAUAAUUAUUAAAAUUACAUUGUACAAAUCGAACGAAUAUACAUUUUUUUAUUGUU